GAGGGAGAGAGAGAGACGUUCAAUGCUCUAGCAGAACCAGGAAACAGAAAGAAAAUAAAGUAUUGAUUUUCUCUCAGUUUUCUUCUUCGAUGCUCUGAGAUUGGUGGUGUUUUUGAUUGUUCGAACAUUAGCUCGAAUCGGGAAAAUUUUGAUUUCAUACUCGGAGUCAGAGCUUAGAAUGUCAUCAAUGGCUGUUAAUGGCAGUAGUAGCUGCGGCACUCAAGGUUCACCUUCUGUAUCGGCCCAAGAAAAAGGAAGUAGGAAUAAGAGAAAAUUUCGGGCUGAUCCUCCUCUAGGUGACCCCAAUAAGAUUGUCUCAAGUCAGGACCAAUGUCUGAGUUAUGAAUUCUCUGCUGAGAAAUUUGAAGUCACAUCGAGCCAUGGACAGCCAGGUACAUGUGGCAUGUGUAAUCUUAACCAGGACCAUUCUGAUGGCUUGAAACUUGACCUUGGAUUGUCAAGUGCGGCAGGUUCAUCUGAGGUGGGACCGAGCCAGCCUAGAGAUGAAUUAGAAGCAGAUGAUUUUCAGGAUGCUGAUUGGAGUGAUCUUACUGAAAGUCAGCUUGAAGAACUUGUUUUGAGCAAUUUGGACACAAUUUUUAAGAGCGCAAUUAAGAAAAUCGUCGCAUGUGGUUACAGUGAAGAAGUUGCUACAAAGGCUGUUUUGAGGUCUGGUCUUUGUUAUGGUUGCAAAGACACCGUGUCGAAUAUAGUGGAUAAUACUUUAGCAUUUCUUAGAAAUGGCCAAGAGAUUGAUCCUUCAAGGGAACACUAUUUUGAUGAUUUACAGCAGCUGGAGAAGUACAUAUUGGCAGAGUUGGUUUGUGUUCUUCGAGAAGUUAGACCUUUCUUUAGCACUGGGGAUGCAAUGUGGUGCUUGUUGAUAUGUGACAUGAAUGUAUCACAUGCUUGUGCAAUGGAUGGUGACUCUUUCAGUAGUAUAGUUAGUGGGGAUGGGGCUUCAAAUGGGAGUUCCUCCACGUCUGGGCAGCCCCAGUCAAAGACAGAGGCUAAAAGUUCUGAACUGAAUCUUCCAAAUCCCUGUAAUCCAGUUCAUUCAAUUCCUUGUGCUCAUAGUUCUCAAUCAGAGACACCCAUUGCAUCAGGUGUUCCAAACUUAGCAAAACCAAAGAAUUCCCUUGUUCUUAAUGGUCUAGUCUCAGAGAAAGAUGGCCUGAACAACACAUCUGAUACAACAGAUAAAUCCUUUAGUGUUACCGGAACAUCACAAUCUGCAGCCCCAGAAGAAAAGUUUGGUGUCUGCAGAAAGGUGCAUUCUGGUGGUACAAAGAGAGAAUCUAUGCUUCGACAGAAGUCACUCCAUCUGGAGAAAAACUACCGAACAUAUGGAUGUAAAGGGUCAUCAAGGACGGCGAAACUUAGUGGCUUAGGCAGUUAUAUGUUAGAUAAGAAACUAAAAUCUGUGUCUGAUUCUACAGGAGUUAAUCUGAAGAAUGCUUCAUUAAAAAUAAGCAAGGCAAUGGGAGUUGAUGUGCCUCAAGACAAUGGAAACCAUAAUCUUUCACCUAAUUCCAGACUCUCUUCCUCUGCAGCAUUUAAUCUGGAAACUGUUAAUACCAUAGGUUCGUUACCUAAAACUAAUAGCCCAUCUGCAUUACCUCCUGUCAAUACCCCACCCAUACCUUCAGGAGCCGACACAGAGCUUUCUCUUUCACUGACAACAAAAAGCAACUCUGCUCCAGUGCCCCUCAGCUGCAAUGCUGAAACUUCUAAUUGUAGCUAUGCUGGGAUACCAUAUGAUAAGUCCCUGGGACAGUGGGUGCCACAAGACAAGAAGGAUGAGAUGAUUCUAAAGCUGGUCCCAAGGGUGCGGGAAUUGCAAAACCAGCUACAAGAGUGGACAGAAUGGGCUAAUCAAAAGGUUAUGCAGGCUGCUCGUAGGCUGGGCAAGGACAAAGCUGAACUCAAGACACUGAGGCAAGAGAAAGAAGAAGUAGAACGGCUCAAGAAAGAGAAACAAACCUUGGAGGAUAACACUGCAAAGAAACUUUCUGAGAUGGAGAAUGCCUUGGGCAAGGCUAGUGGGCAGGUGGAGCGAGCUAAUGCUGCUGUUCGGAGGCUUGAGGUGGAGAAUUCUAGCCUCAGGCAAGAGAUGGAGGCCGCUAAAUUAGAAGCUGCCGAGUCAGCUGCAAGCUGUCAGGAGGUAUCAAAGAGGGAGAAGAAGACAUUGAUGAAGUUUCAGACAUGGGAGAAGCAGAAAACUUUUUUUCAUGAGGAGCUUACAUCUGAAAAGCGCCGGCUGGCACAGCUGCGGCAGGAACUAGAGCAAGCCACAGAACUCCAGGAUCAACUUGAGGCUAGGUGGAAACAGGAAGAGAAGGCAAAGGAGGAGCUUCUAAUGCAGGCCAGUUCAACUAGAAAAGAAAGAGAACAGAUCGAGGUUUCAGCAAAAUCCAAGGAAGAUAUGAUCAAACUAAAAGCAGAAGCUAAUCUUCAGAAGUAUAAAGAUGAUAUCCAGAAACUUGAGAAACAAAUCUCUGAAUUGAGAUUGAAGACCGACUCUUCAAAAAUAGCUGCUCUGAGAAGGGGCAUUGAUGGAAGCUAUGCUAGCAGAUUGACAGACACCAUAAACGGCUCAGCCCAUAAGGAGUCUCAGGCCCCUUUCAUCUCUGAAAUGGUGACAAAUUUCCACAACUAUGCAGGGGCUGGAGGAGUGAAACGUGAGCGGGAGUGUGUCAUGUGCCUUUCAGAGGAAAUGUCGGUGGUUUUCCUCCCCUGUGCCCAUCAGGUGGUUUGCACAACAUGCAACGAGCUCCAUGAAAAACAGGGAAUGAAGGACUGCCCUUCUUGUAGAAGCCCCAUACAGCGACGCAUUCGUAUUCGCUAUGCUCGUCCUUGACUUGUUUUCUUGAACUAAGUUGAGAGUACCUCAAAUAAUGAUCUGUGGGACUUCCUCUGAAAUAAAUAAUGCAUUUGAAAUACCCCUUUUCAAGAGUUCAGACAAUUAAGUUGGCCUUUAAGAAUGGUGAGGUUGUUGAUGCUUCUUCAUGUGUGGCUUCCCCUUCCCCUUCUGCUAUAUUUUGUUUGUUAAUUCCUUAUUCCAUUUCUUUCAUGCUAUAUAUUAUAGCAGAAAACCUAGGCUAAAUUUGUAAGGCAGCUCCAUAUCUGUUUGCCUUGAUUGCAAAUUUCCUAGUCUUUAUCUUGAGCACAAUGUUUUAAGCUCUAGUUUCCAAAUCUCUUUGGUUACUCUUACCAAUACAAAGUUUUGUAUACCUCAAUUUAGUACAUAUCUCAAUUUUGUGAUUUGAGUUGA